AGCAGAAAUAUUUCUUUCCACUCUUCUUCAGUCCCGUGAUUGCCCCGGAGUUCUCGCGCAGCUGUGCAGAGAUGGACAAGGGUCGCGCGGAAGCUUCCCAGCGGUUUCCCGAAAUCAUUGAGCUCAAUGUCGGCGGGCAAGUUUACGUUACGCGCCACUCAACUUUACUCUCCGUGCCCAAUUCUUUACUCUGGACCAUGUUCAGCCAGAAACAACCCGCGGAACUUACCACCGACAGCAAAGGACGCUACUUUUUGGACAGGGACGGCUUUCUCUUCCGAUAUAUUUUGGAUUACUUGCGGGACCAGACUCUGGUUUUGCCCGACUACUUCAAAGAGAAGGCGAGUCUUCUUAAAGAGGCAGAAUAUUUCCAACUCCAAGAGCUGGCGAAGCGCCUGAGACCGUCGGUGAGCAAGGAGAACUCCAUCAGCGAGGAGGUGUGCCAGAGCGACCCGGAGGAGGCUGCGCUCGCCGGGGCGAGCAUCACCAGCGCCGGCCCUCGCUCUCCGUCUCUGGACGCGAGGAAAACCGGCUACAUAACCGUCGGGUACAGGGGCUCCUACACCAUAGGACGAGACAUCCAACAGGACGCCAAAUUUCGACGGGUGGCGAGAAUCACCGUGUGCGGAAAAACAUCCCUCGCCAAAGAAGUUUUCGGGGAGACCCUGAACGAGAGCAGAGACCCCGACAGGCCCCCAGAGAGAUACACUUCUCGGUAUUACCUCAAGUAUAAUUUCCUGGAGCAAGCCUUUGACAGGCUGGCGGAGGUGGGCUUCCACAUGGUCGCGUGCAGCUCCACGGGCACCUGCGCGUACGCGAGUAACGACCCCAACGAGGACAAAAUCUGGACGAGUUACACCGAGUACGUGUUUUGCAGGGAGUGAAGUGGACUCGCUUUUGGGAGCUGUUAUUCAGACGCAUUUCUCUGGCACUCACCUUUCCAGUCGUUGCGCGCCACGAACGCGUAGUUUUUUUUCCCACGGUGUCAACAUAUAAAGACUGUCAGUGGCCGAGCAGACGUGUUGUGCAUAUUUUAUGUGUGAGUAAGAAUUUAAUAAUAGCGGAUCUCCAAAAAAAAUGAUCGUCAGUUCCCAGAAUUCAAACAUUAAAUUACUUAAAUAAGGUAGGUUUGGACUGAAGGACGCACAACAUGUACUCUCAAUGAAAUCAAAUGAGCCUUUAUAGGCUGCUGCUUUUUUGUCAUAUUAAAAGAUCCUUACGUUCCUAUUUUUUUUUCUGAGAGUACAUCCAGAAGACACAACUGAGACAAAAAAUUAAAUGUCAUUCCAGUAGUAAAAUAGCAAGCUGUUCCAUGAUGAGUGAAUAUAUACCACCUUCCCCUCUGCUUUUCACUGAACAUUGACAUUUCUAAAAUAAUCAUUUGUGUUUGCACUCCUGUGUAUCUUUUUUUAUUAUUAUUAUUAUUAUUAUUCUUAGCCAAGAUGUCUGUCAGCUUUACACACAUAAUAAACUUAUCCUGAAAGACA